AUGGAUAGCCCUGAGGAUGAACUCGAAGUACGUCACCAUCGCGGCCUUCGCCUUAAACCAGAUGUCUAUUACCGGUGCCCUACCCUUGAAUCGUUAGACGGUGCUCUCCAGAAUGAACUGCAGAAAAAUGCAGCAAGCCUCAUUCCUGUGGAAAUCGUCACCGAGUUUGUAUUCAGCCUCGGAUCAACCAUUACAAUCAGCACUGCCCAGCAGGCCAACCUAGCCCACAUCGGCCUUGUUCCCACAGAUUAUCCCCAGAGCAUCACUGUCGAUCAAGCACUAUGUCGUGAGAUUCACGGCAAGGAGAGGCUCAAAGCGCAGCGGGCAAUCGCUCGGUCAAUCAUUGAUGUCGUCCAAGCCAUUGAUGGUUUCAAAUAUUGCGAGCGCCAGGCCUUCAACAAGGAAGGGACUGAUGGUGCGCGCUUCAGAUACGUUUGCAUUGAUUCGUUCCAAAAUCGUGACCGAUCAAGUAACGGCAAAAGGAAGAAAGAGGAAGCAGGCCAGACGGUGGAGCCGGUAGAGGCAAAGAACGGCCAGCGACCCCUUCCCACUUAUGACUGUGGAGGUGCUAUUCACAUCAAGUUUUCGACAAAGCGAGAUGCAGUCAAUGUUGUCUACAAGCACAAUCCUAUCCAUCGCGACGUGGAAAGCCGACCAGCGAACCAUCAGAACAUUGACAGUGAAAACGCAGAAGCCCAGGUCGCGCCCCAAGCCCAGGUCGCGCCCCAAGCCCAGACCGCUGAGCCUGGAAAGAGGAAGCGCGGAAGGCCAAGGAAAGCGCAAGUUCAAGAAUCAAACGGGCUCAGCGAUGACCACUUGGACAAGUCAACAUCAUCAGACACGACCAAAGGUCCGCCAAAGAAGAAGAGUCGCAAAAGCGGCGCAUCCGCGUCACUUGAACCUGCGCAAACUCCUUCAAAGAAGGGAAAGAAAAGUAAACAAGCACAAUCGGCAGAGAAAUCCCGUACGGCACCCUCGGAGCCCGUCCUUCCCGCCCCGAAGCCGGUCAAAGGCGCCUGUGUUCGGUGUAAAGAGAAGAAAAUCAGAUGCAAUGAAGCGAAGCCGACUUGUGACCAAUGUUUCCGCGGUCUUUGGCAAUGCUUUUACGAAACCACGAAGCCCAAAGCAAGGUCGAGGAAUGGAUGCUUGAACUGCCGACAAAGAAAACGCAAAUGCACCGAAGAGAGGCCCUCUUGUACCUACUGCCUGAAGGUUGAUGAUGACUGCGAAUAUCCAUGA